AUGACUUCCUCUCAAUCAUCCGCUCCAACAAUUUUGAAAUACAAGACAGAUUUUGAGAAGAGUGUUGUGAUUGGUAAUUUUGAAAAUAGAGGAUGGAUUCGGACCAAUGAUGAAUCGGAUUGGCAUAUCUAUUGGGCCAGUGUACAAACUGUUAAACAAUUAUUUAAUCCCGAGAAUGGGUUUCGUCUCAAUGAUCAUCAAAUUAUUAAUCACUUCCCGAAUCACUACGAGUUGACACGAAAAGAUUCCAUGGUCAAAAAUUUGAAACGAUACAAAAAAGAAAAUGAGAAAAAUGAAGAAUUAAUUAAUCUCACACAUUCCCUUAAUAACCCAAAUUAUGUACCACCACCAAAACGAAAUAUCAUGGACUAUGUUCCAGUCACUUACACAUUACCAGCAGAUUAUUCAUUAUUUGUUGAAGAAUUUAAAAAAAAUCCAAGUCAGUUGUGGAUUAUGAAACCUUCAAGCAAAUCACAAGGAAAAGGAAUUUUUAUCAUUACCAAAUUGUCACAGGUGAAACGAUGGGCAAAAGACAAAUGGGCAUAUAUGGCUGUCAAGGAACAAUAUGUGAUUAGCAAAUAUAUUAACAAUCCACUCCUCGUUGGUGGAAGAAAAUUUGAUUUGAGAAUGUAUGUCUUGGUCACAUCUUAUCGACCUCUGAAAGCAUACGUCUACAAGGAAGGUUUCGCUCGAUUUUGUACAGAAAAAUACACCAACGACAUUGAGGAUAUAGACAAUAUGUUUAUUCACUUGACUAAUGUUGCCAUUCAAAAACAUGGUGACGAUUACAAUGACAAACAUGGAGGAAAAUGGAACAUUAAAAUGUUACGGCUCUAUUUGGAAUCGACAGCAGGCAAGGAGAGAACUGACAAAAUGUUUGAGGAAAUUUAUUACAUUUUCAAACAAUCCCUCAUGGCAUGCAAAAAUGUGAUCAUCAACGACAAGCAUUGUUUUGAAAUGUAUGGCUACGACUUGCUAUUGGAUCAAGAUUUAAAACCAUGGCUAUUGGAAGUCAAUGCAUCACCUUCUCUCACUACAACAACAGUUUCAGAUCGAAUUCUUAAAAUGAGUCUCCUCAAUGAUACUUUUAACAUUGUUGUGCAUGAUGGAUUUCCAGAGAAAAAAGCUCUACAAGGACUACAAGUAUGA